UCAUUUUAGCCCCUUUAGUGACAUCAUAAUAAUGAACUCAGGGUGGCUCAGUUAUGUGCAAUUGUCUGUUUUUCUUCUUUUUGGAGGCUUCUUUAAUCUGUCACGUUUUUAUCUCCCCCUCUAUGUUGGUCUGCUAAUCCUUUUGCCAGAAUGUCCCCCAAACCCCCUCUAGCGAGGAUAUCCUGUCCUCCUCUAGCUGGGCGAUGUUGAGUCAGGGCUGGGGAGGUGGGUGUGUGGAAGGAUUUUAACUGUGAGGCUCAUGUCUCUACCAGUACAGUGGUCAUUGAGGAACACACAUAGCCAGUGCAGCCAGGACUUUGAUCUUGCUCAGCUGCAGUGGAUCCUACAGGUGCACAGCUCUGCUCUCUCGCUCCUGAUCUCGUCCUCUCAUCACUGCUCAAGGUCAUGGAUGAACACCCCAGCUCUGCCUCAAACGACAACAACUACACAGACUCUGCCUGGUUCAUCCAUGAGUGCCAUGUGGACCUGGACAACACCUCGAGGCGCGUGGCGCUCUUCCUGCUCUACCUGCUGUUCUUCAUGGCUGGCCUCACGCUCAAUGCCCUGGUGGUGUGGGUCAACUGGCACCGGCGCAGCAGCCGCAACGGCGUGCUCUUCUGCAUACUCAACGUGGGCGUGUCGGACUUACUGAUGACAGUGAUGGUGCCCUUCUUUAUGCUGGAGGCGAUGAUGGAGUACGUGUGGGUGUGGGGAUACCUUCUGUGCCGCUUCACCAACCUCGUCUAUGACAUCAACUUCUACAGCAGCUCCUUCUUCCUGGCCUACAUGACGGUGGAGCGCUACCUGGCCGUGGUGCGCACCGGGCCCCGACCCUGGGGCCCCAAGCAGGCCAGGCUCAGAUGCCUUCUCUGUGGGUUCCUCUGGGUACUGUCCGUGGUUCUGGGCCUGCUGGAGAAUGCCCAUGUGACACUGCUGGAGUGGGACGAGCCAGGCUGCUACAGCUACCCAGAGCACAACUUUAUAGACUGGAACACCGCCCACACCUUCCUCUACCUUAUCUUCCAGUUCCUGGGCCCGGCAGCCAUCAUUGUGACCUUUAACCUGCUGACCCUGCGGGCGGUGCGGGCCAGACCUGAGGGGGCGGUGCGGGGGAAGGAGCUGUGGCUGGUUCAUCUGUAUUCCCUGGUGUUUGUGCUGUGCUGGCUACCCUUACACAUUGUCUUAAUGCUGCUGGUAGUGGAUGAGCUGAACCCAAGGGUACUGAGUUGCCAGACGGUGGAGAAGAUCUACUUCUCCUAUUUCGUGGUCAAGGCUCUGUCCCUGUUCCACUGUGUGGCCAACCCCAUCCUCUACAACUUCCUCAGCAGAAGUUUCCGCGGAAACCUCAUCGCCGACCUGACUCGCCACCUGCCCAGAGACGCUGUCGCCAGGGGAAGGGACGAGAAUCAUGGCAACCGUGUGGGUAAUGGAAGGGCAGCGGCCAAUGAGAAGGCAAAGGAGUUGAGUAACGCCAGCACCAGCCAAUCGGAUGUGGAGUCUUAAAGAGAGGGACCAUUGUAGAGGGGGAACAAAAACUCAUCAAGCAUGGCAAAGGGACAUUCUACCGCAUGUCACCCGCAAUAGUGGAUGUUUUAUUGUCACAUACACCAGAUAUGUGCAGUAAUAUAUAAUAAUAUUAUAUGCCAUUUAGCAGACACUUUUAUUCAGUCAUACACGCAUACAUUUUACAUAUGGGUGGUCCCAGGAAUCGAACCCAAUACCCUUGCAUUACAAGUGCAAUACUCUACCAACAGAGCUACAAAGGACCACAGUGAUUUGUGUUGUUUUACAGGGUCAGCCAUAGUAGUACGACGCCCCUGGAGCAAAUCAGGGUUAAGUUCCUUGCUUAUGGGAGUGGUUGAGUGGAGCUGAAGGAUGGGACUGCAAAACAAACUAAAUAUAACUAUUGUAGAAUGUAUAUAGUACAGUAUGUAUAAGCUGGAUGUAGAAGUCUAAAUGUUGUUUUCCAUUAGUUUAUUCCAAUUAGGGGAGGUAGGGGAAAAUAAAGGAAUAUAUAUAUUUGUUUAAAUGCAUCUAUUUUAUGUAUUUCAAAAAAAUGAUGGAGUAUUGGAAAUGCAGACAAUUACAUUGAUGGAAGCCACAAUCUAUCUGCAAUACUAAAGCUGACCUACCCCCUUAAAAAAGGAACAAAUGGUGCCUUGCUCAAGGGCACAUUGGCUCUGGUAUUUAAACAAGCAACCUUUGUUACUGUCCCAACGCUCUAACCGCUAGGCUACCUUCCACCCUCGCUGGCGGUUGCGUCCUUUUCCUCUGCCACACACACUUCCUGUUUCUCGUUUCCUUAAUGAAGGGCCCCCCAGUGGCAUGCCAUUUCCAGGAAGGGAAUAUCUUCCAUGUUCUAUGUCCAUAAACACUGAUUGAAAUGAUUUUUUUUACCUUUAUUUAACCAGGCAAGUCAGUUAAGAACACAUUCUUAUUUUCAAUGACGGCCUGGGAACAGUGGGUUAACUGCCUGUUCAGGGGCAGGAUGAACAGGCAGUACCUUGUCAGCUCAGGGGUUUGAACUCGCAACCUUCCGGUUACUAGUCCAACGCUCUAACCACUAGGCUACCCUGCCGCCCCCAUGCAGAGAUGGUUUUAAGCACAGAUCAAGAAAGUGGUAACUAAUUCAAAAUGUGUCAAAUUUGGUUAGAUUAAUAAUACUUGACAGCUUAUUUUGACAGUCUCACUCAAUGCUUUUUUGAUAGAUCACUUUUUUCCUUUACAUGUUUGGUUGUAAUAUCUUAUCCUACUGCCAAUCUGUUCAAAAACACUGUGUUGAACAAGCUACUGAACAUAUGUGAUAAACCAGCUUCAGGAUGUGGAUAUAGAAAAUA